AUGACCAACAAUCUGGAGCUUCUCUCCUCUCACGUGACCCACUUCAUCUUCUUUGUCUUCAUGGCUUCCACUGUAUUUCACCUUAAGCAGCGGCUUAACACAAUCCCGCCCCCGUGGGAGGUAGAGGCACAAUACCAGAGGCGGACCCAGAGUCUCACGAGCUCCCCGCCCAAGGGGAUAUGGACAGUCAAUGUGCAAGGCCGUCUGGGGAACCAGAUGGGGGAGUAUGCCACCCUGUAUGCCUUGGCCAAGAUGAAUGGCCGACGUGCCUACAUUCCCACCCAGUUGCAUAACACGCUAGCUCCUAUCUUCAAGAUCACCCUCCCUGUCCUGCAUGAUGCCGUCGUCAGCAAGAUCCCAUGGAAGAACUACCUUCUGAAUGACUGGAUGGAGGAGCGGUACCGCCACAUCCCGGGAGAGUACGUCCGCCUCACUGGCUACCCCUGCUCCUGGACCUUCUACCACCACCUCCGAGAGGAGAUCCUCCAGGAGUUCACGUUACAUGACCACGUGCGCCAGGAGGCUCAGACGUACCUGCAGACCCUACAAGUGAACGGGAGUCGGCCCAAAACCUUCGUGGGGGUCCAUGUUCGCCGGGGGGACUAUGUCCAGCUCAUGCCAAAUGUUUGGAAGGGCGUGGUGGCUGGCCGGCAAUACCUUCAAAGGGCCCUGGACUGGUUCCGCGCCCGCUAUAGCUCACUCAUCUUUGUGGUCACCAGCAACGGCAUGGCAUGGUGCCAGGAGAACAUCGAUGCCUCCCGUGGCGACGUGGUAUUUGCUGGAAAUGGGAUUGAGGGCUCCCCUGCCAAGGACUUUGCGCUGCUCACCCAGUGUAACCACACCAUCAUGACCAUUGGGACAUUUGGGAUCUGGGCUGCCUACCUUGCAGGUGGAGAAGUCAUCUACCUGGCCAAUUACACCCUCCCAGAUUCUCCCUUCCUCCGAAUCUUUAAGCCAGAGGCAACAUUUCUGCCCGAGUGGAUGGGGAUCGAGGCCGAUUUAUCCCCGCUACUCAAGCAGUGA